UUAUAAUAUAUAAUUUAUAUCCAUCGUUACAAGUCAGUGUCUAGUCAUAAAUAUUGCAACGUUCCCAGAGGGACCUUCAUAUUUCCUGUAGUGCAAGCCACUUAAUAUUGUCAUUGGCCAGGAUCGGGAUCUUUACUCUUCGCCAAGGAACAACUUUUCUUCCGAAUGACAACUUCGUCAUCCAACGAAGCGCCACCGAAUUGUGCCCGUCAUGUUGCCGUCAUCGGAGGCGGGCUGGUGGGGUCUCUGCAGGCCUGUUUUCUUGCCGAGAAAGGUUUUGAAGUAGAGCUCUUUGAAGCGAAAGAAGACAUUCGCACUCGGAAGUACGCGAGCGGACGCAGCAUCAACCUGGGUCUGUCGCACAGAGGUCGCGAGGCAUUGAAAUUGGUUGGUCUUGAGGACGAGGUAAUACGAAACGGCGCGGUGCCUAUGCAUGGGAGAAUGAUCCACAGUCUGUCGGGAAAGACAUCCGCCCAAGCAUACGGUAAAAAGGGACAGAAUGUUUUGUCGAUGGACAGGCGUCGGCUGAACGAAACUCUAUUAACAGCUGCUGAGAGUUACCCAAACGUCAAAACCCAUUUCCGCCACAAACUGGUCCAGGCGGAGCUCGACAAAGGAACGAUCGUCAUUUUAGACCGAAAUACUGACCGUGAGUUCACGCUUCGCCCGGACCUGAUAGUCGGCUGUGACGGUGUUAACUCGGCUAUGCGUGCUGCACUGUUCGAGUACGGACUCAUCAACUACAGCCAGGAAUACCUAACCCAUGGCUACAUGGAACUACACAUACCGGCAAAGGAUGGCAAGUUUGCGAUGGAGGCGAACUACCUGCACGUCUGGCCGCGUGAACCGUUCACGAUGAUCGCCACGCCUAACCCGGACGGCACCUUCAACUGCGCGCUGUUCUUGCCCUUGGAGGAAUUCGCAGAUAUCAAGAUCAGGGGACGCCAAGUCUGCUUAGAGUUCUUUCGGGAGCAUUUUCCCGACGCAGUCACCCUCAUUGGGGAACAGGAAUUAACGGAGUCCUUCAUUGCCAACAGGGCUUGCAAAUUGAUGUCCAUCAAGUGUUCACCUUACCACUACAAGGACAAAGCCGUUAUUAUCGGGGAUGCAGCCCAUGCUAUGGUGCCUUUCUACGGUCAAGGGAUGAACUGUGGGUUCGAAGACUGCAUCGUUUUCAGCGAGGCUCUGGAUAAAUUUGACGGUGAUCUUGCCAAGGUGCUCCCAGCAUUCAGUGAGUACCGGAGUCCCGAUGCACAAGCCAUGUGCGAUCUGAACCUGUACAACUUCAAAGAGAUGCGAUCUCUGGUCAACUCGCGAUGGUUCCUGUUCAGGAAGUAUCUGGAUUGGUUCCUGCAAUGGCUGUUUCCUAAGAGACAUAUCCCAUUGUAUACCAUGGUGACCUUCAGCCGAAUCAGAUACGGGGAAGUUGUCAGGCGUUGGAAACGCCAAACCAAGAUCGUCAACUGGACAUUGUUUGGAAUGGCCUGUCUGUCCGUAGUUGUAACUGGAAUUUUCAUCAGAAGGUUUGUCAACCUUGAAUAAAUUUUACAAAAAUAAACAGCUGGCUGGUAUAAAGCACAGGCUAAGACUUACGACAGAAAUGAAAGUAAUUUACAUUAUUUGGGGUGAAGGUGAUGAUAGUUUAACGAUAUUAAAAAAAACAAAUCUGUAAUAAUUGCAAACAAUACGAAAUGAAGGAAAGCUAUAAAAUGUCACAGGUAACUUUGUUGUUUAUAUCAGCAUAUUAGUGUCUUACAGCUUGAAUAAUCCCUUUACGUUCAUUGUUCGUUAACGAUCAUUCCCCAGAAUCACGGGUGAUUUAAAUUAUUGUUAGACUUUUAAAUGGAAGAGAGAAUUGAAAUUGUUAGGUCUUUGUACAAUUGUAGAAUUAGUAAGUUUCUUUAUGGACGAUGGUAAUUGCGGCAAGGUGUGAACGUUCGUUGUUUCCAAUAGCCUCCAAUUUCCAAAAGUCAUUUAAAAAAACGUUUCUUAGUUCUAAAAACUGAAAUUCUAAUUUGAUUGAAUUCUAAUUACUUAGUUCUCUGUAAACGUAUCUCGUCUUAAAAUUGUUUACGCGUGAGAUAUGCCUAUGUAUUAUUAAUAUUUCCUGUCACACUAUAUUCCUUUUGUUAGUUCACAUGCUGCUGCAUGAACCUUUGUGUUUAAGUAAACAAGCGUCUGUCGAUUAUGAUUGACAAAUCUAACGGCAAAACAAGUGUUUGUUUUGCCAGAUAACCUAAGCCCCUUGGUGGUUACCCAUUGUGGAUCCGUCGCACUGUGCAGUAGGCGUACACUUUGUACUGAAUUCCACAUAGUGCAGUCAGAGUACACAUUUGGUCCUUUUCACGCUUGAUUUUUGGUAUGCUGAUUAUAACAUUUCGAUUAAAACAACUGAAUGCAUGUCACUUCCUCAUAUUGGAAGGAAAACGUUUUGACUUAUCUGUAAAAAUGCUUGCUUGUAUCUUCUACAUCGCCUGAUCUCUUAAUUCCGGUACUUCCCUGUAUCCCGGUCCAAGGUGCAACUGGGCAUUAAUGCUAAACCGGAUUCGGCAAAUUACAUAGGCUAUAUGUAUUUGCUUUGUUGUGUAUUUCGAGCAAAUUGGCGGGGCCCAAAUAAAGGAGAAAGGAGCUUAGAAAUUCCUUUGACAGUAACUUCUUUGGAAGAAGGAUCAAUGGAAUGACGAGGACAAACUUUUGACGUGAAAGAAAAUCACAAGAAUAGGACAUUAUGGCU